AUGCUUGCCAACUCGGCCACGAUGCGGAUCCUCAUCAAGGGGGGGAAGGUGGUGAAUGACGACUGCACCCUGGAGGCCGACGUCUACAUCGAGAACGGCAUCAUCCAGCAAGUGGGCCGGGAGCUCAUGAUCCCGGGAGGGGCCAAGGUGAUCGAUGCCACCGGGAAGCUGGUGAUCCCGGGCGGCAUCGACACCAGCACUCACUUCCACCAGACCUUCAUGAACGCCACCUGCGUGGACGACUUCUACCACGGCACCAAGGCUGCUCUGGUCGGAGGGACAACCAUGGUCAUUGGCCACGUGCUGCCCGACAGGGAGACCUCCCUCCUGGACGCCUACGAGAAGUGCCGGAGCCUGGCCGACCCCAAGGUCUGCUGUGACUACGCCCUGCACAUGGGCAUCACCUGGUGGGCCCCCAAGGUGAAGUCGGAGAUGGAGAGCCUGGUGCGGGAGAAGGGGGUGAACUCCUUCCAGAUGUUCAUGACCUACAAGGACCUGUACAUGCUGCGGGACAGCGAGCUCUACCAAGUCUUCCUCGCCUGCAAGGACAUUGGCGCCAUCGCCCGGGUGCACGCUGAGAACGGGGAGCUGGUGGCAGAGGGUGCGAAGGAGGCGCUGGAUUUGGGCAUCACGGGACCAGAGGGAAUCGAGAUCAGCCGACCGGAGGAGCUGGAGGCUGAAGCCACGCACCGUGUGAUCACCAUCGCCAACCGGACUCACUGCCCCGUCUACCUGGUCAACGUGUCCAGCGUGUCUGCCGGCGACGUCGUGGCUGCCGCUAAGAUGCAAGGGAAGGUGGUGUAUGCAGAGACCACCACGGCGCACGCCACGCUGACGGGCCUGCACUAUUAUCACCAGGACUGGUCCCACGCCGCCGCCUACGUCACUGUGCCACCCCUGCGGCUGGACACCAACACCUCCACCUACCUCAUGAGCCUGCUAGCCAACGACACCCUGAAUGUCGUGGCUUCCGACCACCGGCCCUUCACCAGCAAGCAGAAAGCCAUGGGCAAGGAGGACUUCACCAAGAUCCCGCACGGCGUGAGCGGCGUGCAAGACCGCAUGAGCGUCAUCUGGGAGCGGGGUGUGGUCGGGGGGAAGAUGGACGAGAACCGCUUUGUAGCCGUGACCAGCUCGAACGCGGCCAAGAUCCUCAACCUGUACCCACGGAAGGGCCGCAUCAUCCCCGGGGCCGACGCAGACAUUGUGGUGUGGGACCCUGAAGCCACCAGGACCAUCUCUGCCAGCACCCAGGUGCAGGGGGGAGACAUCAGCCUGUAUGAGAACAUGCGCUGCCACGGUGUGCCUCUGGUCACCAUCAGCCGCGGGCGCGUGGUCUACGAGAACGGCGUCUUCAUGUGCGCUGAGGGCACCGGCAAGUUCUGCCCGCUCCGCUCCUUCCCCGACUCCGUCUACAAGAAGCUUGUCCAGCGGGAGAAGAGUUUAAAGCUUAGGGGCGUGGAGCGCACCCCCUACCUGGGGGACGUGGCUGUGGUGGUGCAUGCUGGGAAAAAGGAGACGGGGACUCCACUUGCAGAUACCCCCACCCGACCUGCCACUCGACACGGGGGCAUGAGGGACCUUCACGAGUCCGGCUUCAGCCUAUCCGGUUCUCAGAUCGAUGACCACGUUCCAAAGCGAGCUUCGGCCCGGAUUCUCGCUCCCCCCGGAGGCAGGUCUAGCGGCAUUUGGUAA